UUUUCAAAUUCAAAUUAAACCCCAAGAAAGAAACAAAGUAGAAAAAAGGGAGAAAAAACAAUUCAAAGAACACUGUGGUGGUGUGAGUAAGUGCGUGAAGAUGGAGAAGAUCUGCGUGGCAGUGAGGGUGAGACCAUCUGCAAACGAGGAAUCCGUUAAUGGAUUUCGCUGGAAAGUCGAAAGCAAUCGCAUAUCGCUCCACGGAUCCGACGGGACUCCUAUUUCGGGAGUUUCCUUCGCGUUUGAUCACGUGUUCGAUCAGGAAUGCAGUAAUGCUAGGGUUUAUGAGCUUCUGACCAAGGACAUUAUUAAUGCUGCUGUAGAGGGGUUUAAUGGAACUGCAUUUGCAUAUGGGCAGACAAGUAGUGGGAAAACUUUUACCAUGAAUGGUUCGGAUAAUGACCCGGGAAUCAUUCAUAGAGCUGUCAAAGACAUUUUUGCAAAAAUUCAAAAGACAUCUGAUAGGGAAUUUUUAAUUCGAGUUUCCUACAUGGAAAUUUACAAUGAAGACAUUAAUGAUCUUUUUGCUGUGGAGAAUCAAAAGCUUCAAAUUCAUGAGAGUUUGGAGCGUGGAGUAUUUGUUGCAGGACUUCGGGAGGAAAUUGUGAACAGUGCUGACCAAGUGCUUAAUCUUAUUCAACUUGGAGAAGCUAACAGGCAUUUUGGUGAUACUAACAUGAAUGCUCGUAGUAGCAGAUCACAUACAAUUUUUAGGAUGGUAAUUGAAAGUAAAGGAAAGGAUAAUAAAUGCAAUACUAGUUCAACUUCAGAUGAUGCUAUUCGUGUCUCUGUCCUGAAUUUAGUUGACUUAGCUGGUUCUGAAAGAGUAGCUAAAACUGGAGCUGGGGGAGUUCGUUUGAAGGAAGGAAAACACAUUAACAAGAGCUUAAUGAUUCUUGGUAACGUGAUCAACAAACUGAGCGAGGGUGGAAAGCAAAGGGGUCAUAUUCCUUAUCGUGACAGUAAGCUUACUCGCAUUCUUCAACCUGCACUUGGUGGAAAUGCAAAGACUUCAAUAAUUUGCACUGUGGCACCAGAAGAGAUACACAUAGAGGAGACAAGAGGGACACUUCAGUUUGCUAGCAGAGCAAAGCGGAUUACCAACUGCGUUCAAUUGAAUGAGAUAUUAACAGAUGGCGCCUUGUUGAAGAGACAAAAGCAAGAAAUUGAGGAACUACGAAGGAAACUUCAGGGAUCUCACGCAGAAGUGUUGGAGCAAGAAAUUCUGAAACUGAGGAAUGACAUGCUGAAGUAUGAACUGGAGCGAGAGAAGCUUGCCGCAGAACUAGAGGAGGAAAGAAGAUCACAUAGAGAGCGUGAUCAAUGCAUUAGGGAGCAGCAAAUGAAAAUUGACAAUCUUAGCAAUCUGGUGACUUUGUCAGACUCUGACAGAAGCUCAUCCCAUGAUGGUCCCAAAGAAUCUCCUCAAGAUGGAAGUACAAAUAGUCACAGCAUGUCGCAAGAAGAUGCUUUUAGUACCCCAUGUUUUAAAGCAGCUCCUAAUAUGUUUGUUGCUAAGCGAUCACACUACUCAACACUUCAAGAGUGUAGCCCACUUCCAGAUACAUUUGAAGACUUUGCUGAUGAAGAUACAUGGAUGAGAAUGAAUAAAGGUUAUAUACCUGACCUUGAUUCGCUUCAUAUGACUCCUGCAAGAAAAGUUCAAUCAUUUCCAUUUACUGAGGAUUGCUCAAUGGAGACUAGCAGUCAAGAGAUAGAAAACCUCCAUAGACAGCUAAAACUUAUCAUAGAGGAAAGAGAUGAAUACAAGAGGAAGUAUGAGGAACAGAUGUCAUUCAAUAGCCAAUUAACAAGAGAAAUAUCUCAACUCCAAGAAGAGAUGUUGCUAAUUCAAGGAAUUCCUCAAAACCUACAUGAGACUGUGACAAAUUGCAAAGAAAUUUACAAGGAUGUUUGUUCUAUUUUACAGAACUUUAUAGCCGAUGAGAGAUCUGCAACUGCUCAAAUACUCUCUACAACAAUUGAAGUUGGGACAAGCCUGUUCUCAACAUUAGAAUCUCAUCUGUCAAUGGCAAUGGAUGGUAACAGACCCUCGCACAUGAAUGAUUACUCUGUGCGAGAGCAGUGCAACAUGCUCCAUCAGAAGCUGAGCAGCACAAUUUCUUCUUUGGUAUUGUCUGAUGCAUCAACUCUACAGGAUGAACGUAGUGAGGAAUCUGUUUACAGCAGCAAAAUUAAGGGCACAUUGGGAAGUCAAAUUGCUUGCUGGAAGCAGGGACUGGAAAAUGAAGUCAAAAUUAUCAAACAGAAGUACAAUGACUUGGAGAAAGAGUUGGAAGCCAAUAUUCAGCUUCUAAAGGUCUCUGAGGGAAAAUACCAUAGCUUGGAAAGAGAGUUCCAUCUUCUGAAAGAAGAUAGAGAUGCAGUACUUCAAAGAAUCUCCAGUUCAUCUCAAAUGCUUGCACAAAUUACUGGUCAAAAGGAGAGAGCUUUAAAGGAUCUGAAUUCUGAAAUAAGGAGGAGGAAAAAGCUUGAAGAAGAGAUAAAACAGUUUAGUAUUGCAUUUGCACGUCGACAGACGUCAAUAAUCUCCUUCCACAGCGACUUCAAAUCUAUACUUGACACCAUAAAGGCGCAGAAUCUUACUUCAUUAUCCAAAUCUCAUGGAUCUUGAAAACAGCAGGCCUGCUGCCUCCUUUCUUUGCAGUGAUAUUGAUGCUUUCGUAAAGCACGACUUAUUUCUUUGGUUGUCUGUAGUAUACUUCACUUCUCAGAUAUUUAUAGUGCAUGCUGCAUGUGUCUGGCAAAAGACUGGGAAUGUUUGUUAUUUACCAGAAUGUAAGAUCAUUAAACUGA